GCUCUGCCCGGCAAGAUGAUGAAGUUUCGGUUCCGCCGCCAGGGCCACGACCCCCAGCGGGAGAAGAUCAAGCAGGACCUCUUCGCUUUCAACAAGACGGUGGAGCAUGGCUUUCCGAAUCAGCCGAGUUCUUUGGCCUUCGACCCCAAGCUACGAAUUAUGGCCAUUGGCACCAAAUCCGGAGCGGUGAAAAUAUAUGGGGCCCCCGGUGUUGAGUUCACUGGCUUGCACAGGGAGACGGCGACGGUCACCCAGAUUCACUUCCUACCUGGGCAGGGCCGGCUACUCUCCCUUCUGGAUGACAACACCCUUCACUUGUGGGAGAUCUAUCAGAAAGAUGGCUACUCCUACUUGGAGGAGACCCGCAGCUUCAUCCUUCCAGGACGUCCAGGCUCUCCUCCCAGCAUCACCCGGGUAACGGUGAUCCUGCUGACGUCUACCUGCGACGUUGCGUGCCUCGGGACGGAAGGGGGUGGCGUCUACUUCCUGGAGCUCCCGGGUUUGACGCUCCUGGAGGACAAAUCUCUGUACCAAGAUGAGAUCCUGCAGAGUGUCCCAGAAGACUACAAAUGUGGGAAGGCGCUGGGCCCCGUGGAGUCGCUGCAGGAACACCCGCAAGACCCCGCUAAAAUACUGAUUGGCUUCAGCAGGGGACUGAUGGUGCUGUGGAAUAAAAGCAUCAGAGAAGUGGAGCACCUCUUCCUGGGUAACCAGCAACUGGAAAGUGUCAGCUGGGAGCGGAGCGGCAGGACUGUCGUGAGCUCUCACAGCGACGGGGGCUAUGCGGUCUGGUCUGUGACGGAGGGCUCGCCUAAGACCAUCCAGCCGGUCACCUCUACUAUCCCUUACGGUCCCUUCCCGUGCAAAGCUAUCAACAAAAUUACAUGGCAGACGUGCGAGUCAGGGGGUCACUUCAUCAUUUUCAGUGGUGGGAUGCCCCGGGCCAGUUACGGGGACCGGCACUGCGUGACCAUCCUGCAAGGACAGACGUUGGUCACCUUGGACUUCACUUCGCGCGUGAUUGACUUCUUCACGGUAUACGACACAGAGGUAGAGGAGGAGUUCGACAACCCGACCGCCUUGGUAGCUCUGGUGGAGGAGGAGUUGGUUGUGAUUGACCUGCAGACGCCUGGCUGGCCCACGAUCCCUGCCCCCUAUCUGGCCCCGCUCCAUUCCUCCGCCAUCACCUGCUCGUACCACAUCUCCAACGUACCCCUCAAGCUGUGGGAGAGGAUUAUCAGCGCAGGAGAACAGCAGAGCCCCCGCUUGUCCUCUGGGAAUUGGCCCAUCACUGGAGGAAGAAAUCUGGCACAGGAACCCACACAGAGGGGGCUUCUCUUGACUGGCCACGAGGACGGGACGGUCCGUUUCUGGGAUGCCUCGGGAGUCUCCCUCAAGCCCCUGUACAAGCUGGGCACAGCCCACAUCUUCCAAACCGACUGUGAGCACAACGACAGCUUGAACCAGUCUGGCGACGAAGAAUGGCCCCCGUUCCGGAAGGUUGGUUGCUUCGACCCCUAUAGCGACGACCCCCGGCUGGGAAUCCAGAAGAUCGUUCUCUGCAAAUACACGGCAAAGAUGGUGGUGGCUGGCACAGCUGGGCAGGUGCUGGUCAUGGAACUGAACGAUGAGAAGUCCGAGCAUCUGAUCUACGUUGCCGUGGUGGACCUCCUCCAGGACCGCGAGGGCUUCACCUGGAAGGGGCACGACCGACUCACGCCCAAGAAUGGGUCCCUCUCCUUUGCCCAGGGCUUCCAGCCCAUGGCCCUCGUGCAGUGCAUGCCCCCCGCAGCCGUCACCGCUGUCACGCUGCACUCUGAAUGGAACCUGGUGGCUUUUGGGACCAGUCACGGCUUUGGGCUGUACGAUUACUACCGGCGGAACUCUGUGCUGGCCAGAUGCACGUUACAUCCCAACGACUCCCUCGCCAUGGAAGGGCCGCUCUCCCGGGUGAAGUCACUGAAGAAGUCCCUGCGGCAGUCCUUCCGCCGAAUCCGCAAGAGCAGGGUGUCUGGGAAGAAGAGGGUUAACGCCAGCAGUCCUUCCAGCAAGGUUCAGGAGGCCAACGCCCAGCUUGCUGAGCAGGCCGGCCCCCACGAGGUGGAGAUGACCCCUGUGCAGCGGCGGAUCGAGCCCCGGUCGGCUGACGACUCUCUCUCGGGGGUCGUCCGCUGCCUCUGCUUUGCGGACACCUUCCUUCGAGAUGCUGCACACCACGGGCCCACCAUGUGGGCAGGUACCAACUCCGGCUCGGUGUUCGCGUACGCCCUGGAGGUCCCGUCCCAGGAGAAAUUCUCGGAGCGCUCCGUCGAGGCGGUCUUGGGCAAGGAAAUCCAGCUAAUGCACCGGGCGCCCGUGGUGUCGAUCGCCGUCCUCGACGGGCGGGGGAACCCUCUGCCCGAACCGUACGAGGUCUCUCGGGACCUGGCCAAAGCCCCCGACAUGCAGGGUAGCCAUUCGGUGCUCAUUGCUUCCGAGGAACAGUUCAAGGUGUUUACGCUCCCCAAAGUCAGUGCCAAAACCAAGUUCAAGCUCACUGCCCACGAGGGGUGCCGCGUGCGGAAGGUGGCGUUGGUGCACUUUGCCAGCGCAGCAUGCGAGGACUACGCGGAGAACUGCCUGGCGUGCCUCACCAAUCUGGGGGACAUCCACGUCUUCACAGUGCCCGGGCUGCGACCGCAGGUCCACUAUGACUGCGUCCGGAAGGAGGACAUCAGCGGCAUCGCCUCCUGUGUGUUCACCAAACACGGGCAAGGCUUCUAUCUGAUCUCCCCGUCCGAGUUCGAGCGCUUUUCUCUGAGCACCAGGAACAUCACGGAACCGCUGUGUUUGCUGGAUUUGAACCGUGCCCACGACACCACGUGCCUCGGGAAUUGUAAUUUCACAACCUUGCCAAAACUGAACCAACCCAACGGGACACAUGCCCUGCAAGGAUCGGAAGCGAAUCACUCUCCGGCCAGCAACGACCGGACCCCCGACGAGCACCAAGCGUCUUUCUCCCCCACCCCUGUCGACUCUCCGAAUAACAGCAUAGACACCCCCUUGGACACCACCGGAGAGAUCACAGCAGAGGAAGUGAAGGACUACUUGGUACCUUCGGAGGAAGCGGAGAGAAAUCUGAGGAACAUGACGGAGGAUGAGGCUCGAUCCCCGGGGAUUCUGAUUAAAUGA